AUGCCGCGCUCCUUCCUGGUGGACUCGCUGGUGCUGCGCGAAGGCGGCAGCGAGAAGAAGGGGGGCUCCACGUCCCCGGGCAGUCCUCCGCCGCCGCCACUCUUCCCCUACGCGGUGCACCCCUCGCACCCGCUCCACGGGCUCUCGGCAGCCUCCGGGGGCGCUUGCCCGGCCGCGCCGGGGGCCACAUCGCUCUACCAGAGCGCCUACCCCCUGCCCGACCCCCGGCACUUCCACUGCAUCUCCGUCGACAGCACGUCGGGCCCGCUGCCCAGCAGCAAGCGGAUGCGCACGGCCUUCACCAGCACGCAGCUCCUGGAGCUAGAGCGAGAGUUCGCCUCCAACAUGUACCUGUCGCGGCUCCGGCGCAUCGAGAUCGCCACCUACCUGAACCUCUCCGAGAAGCAGGUGAAGAUCUGGUUCCAGAACCGCCGCGUCAAGCACAAGAAGGAGGGCAAGGGCGGGCCCCACCGCGCCGGCGGCUCGGCCCCGCACGGCUGCAAAUGCGCCUCCCUGUCGGCGGCCGCCAAGUGCCCCGAAGACGACGACGAUGACCUGCCCAUGUCGCCCUCUUCGUCGGGCAAAGACGAGCGAGACCUCGCCCUCACCCCCUGA